AUUAAAAACUAAAGGAUGUGCUUCCUGCCUGGCCUCCCGCAGCCGCGCCGCCGCCAUGAACGACACGGUCACCAUCCGGACCCGGAAGUUCAUGACCAACCGCCUGCUCCAGCGGAAGCAGAUGGUCAUCAACGUCCUUCACCCUGGGAAGGCCACGGUCCCCAAGACGGAGAUUCGAGAGAAGCUUGCCAAGAUGUACAAGACCACUCCAGAUGUCAUUUUCGUGUUUGGAUUCAGAACCCAUUUUGGCGGCGGCAAGACAACCGGCUUUGGGAUGAUUUACGAUUCUCUGGACCACGCAAAGAAAAACGAGCCCAAACACAGACUGGCAAGACACGGCCUGUAUGAGAAGAAAAAGACCUCAUGCAAACAGAGAAAGGAACGCAAGAACAGGAUGAAGAAAGUCAGGGGGACCGCCAAGGCCAACGUUGGCGCCGGCAAAAAGAAGGAGUAAAGAUUCUGCAGACUGUCUGGUG